AUGUCCGCGCUCCCCGCCGCUCCCGACAUCAAGAGGGCUCUGGACAACAGCCCCGAGACUAACAUCGAGGAUGACCUGCCCGACGGGCCGCCGCAGACGCGGCCCAAGAACUACCUGCUCCUCAGCAUCCUCGCCUGCUUCUGUCCCGCUUAUCCCGUCAACAUCGUCGCCUUCGUCUUCGCCGUCAUGGCUUUAAACAGUUACAAUCAAGGAGAUAUAGAAGGGUCAAAAAGACUGGGUCGCAAUGCGCUCUGGGUUGCCGUGGCAUCGAUUAUCAUCGGCCUCGUCAUCAUCGGCAUCUACUGCGUGGUUCAUUUCACAACGCAUGCUAUCUGAAGACCAGGACUGCACUUGGAGGAUGUCAUCAUGGCAAUCUCAGGAGGCAAAAAAGAAGAAGAGAAGGAAACCCUUCAUUCCAAACUGUUAGAUUUGACCCUACAAGUCUGCAGAGGCAUGUGGCUGGUGGAUGAACUGCGAGGCCAGUUAGUUAUUCAGCAUGACGUGACCAGGUUUUCAAAGCUACUUAUGAGAAAUCUCAGUGUAAAGCAGCAUUUUUCUCUUUUACCCUAAUGUAUAAUGAGAUCUUGCCCUAACCACUCCUUUUUCUUUCUGAUUUACAUGGAAUGUGUGCUGGAUCCAGGAUGUUUCCUGGCUGACCCUAGCCAGCCAAAGCCAGCAUCUCUAGGCUGUUUGUAGUGCACGAGGUAAGAUCUGAUGCCCAGCCCACUGAAGCUGGUAGAGGAACUCCUGUUACCUCCAGUGGGUUUUGAAUCAGGCCAUUAAGGACUUUUUUUAUUACUUUAAAAUAGUCUCAACACAAUACAAUCAAAGC